AUGAGUACAAACAGGAGCCUUCAGCUAAUCUUGAUCUUGAUCUUCUAUCUUCAGAUCAGCUAUGUGUGUACAGCCACACCAGCGCGUGCCCAUGCAGAGGAGAGACUACUUCAGGUUUUAUUCCAACGCUAUAAUAAGCUCUCUCGUCCUGUAGAGAACAUCUCAGAUGUUGUGCUGGUCCAUUUCGGCCUCUCCAUCGCACAACUCAUUGAUGUCGAUGAAAAGAAUCAAAUGAUGACCACCAAUGUCUGGGUGAAACAGGAAUGGAGCGAUUACAAGCUGCGCUGGAACCCUGAGGAGUUUGAGAAUGUCACCUCCAUUCGAAUCCCCUCCGAGCUCAUCUGGAGGCCCGAUAUUGUGCUCUAUAACAAUGCUGAUGGAGAUUUUGCUGUGACACAUUUGACCAAAGCCCAGGUUUUCCAUGAUGGCAGGGUCAAAUGGAAGCCUCCUGCUAUAUACAAGAGCUCCUGCAGUAUUGAUGUCACAUUUUUCCCUUUUGAUCAGCAAAACUGUAAGAUGAAGUUUGGCUCCUGGACGUAUGACCGAGCCAAGAUUGACUUGGUAAGCAUGGACAGUGACGUUGACCAAAUGGAUUACUGGGAGAGCGGUGAGUGGGUCAUUAUCAAUGCUGUCGGAAAAUACAACAUUAAGAAGUACGAGUGCUGCACCGAAAUCUACCCGGACAUCACCUUCUACUUCAUCAUCCGCAGACUCCCUUUGUUCUACACCAUCAACUUGAUCAUCCCUUGCUUGCUAAUCUCAUGCCUGACAGUUCUCGUCUUCUACCUGCCCUCAGAGUGUGCAGAGAAGAUUACACUGUGCAUUUCUGUUCUUCUUUCACUUACAGUCUUCCUCCUGCUGAUUACCGAGAUCAUCCCUUCAACCUCGCUGGUGAUUCCCCUUAUUGGCGAGUAUCUGCUCUUCACCAUGAUUUUUGUCACCUUGUCUAUUAUAAUCACUGUGUUUGUGCUGAAUGUGCACCACCGGUCAUCCCGGACCCAUCGUAUGCCACACUGGGUGCGCCAGCUUUUCCUCCACGUGGUGCCUCGCUACCUUUUCAUGAAGCGUCCACCAGCAUCUGGCAAAAGAAACUGCAGCAAGCUGAUUGAAAUGAUACACAGGCCAGUGGGACUGCAACCUACUGACCAUACCCUAACCUUGACCAUACCCCCAGAUCCAGGCACAGUCUCUGUCACCCCAGUGAGUACAAUACAAAGAGAAGCAUCUUCCAAAGCUCCCCUUUUCUGUAGUUCUCCCAGCAGCCAGUACUCCAUCCUGCAAGAGGAACCCACCCUUAUGAACCUUGCUCCUAGAAUCAAAUGCACACAAAUUCCCACUUCUUUGGCCUCAAGUCCUUCCAUAUCUCCUGAUACACCCCUGAACACUCUGUUUCACACAUUAUCUCUGGACAAUGUCUGUGAAUUACAGUGCAACAGUGCUGAGAGCGUAUUCAUGGAUGCUAUGGAGGCCGUCCAUGGGACAGAGGCUCUUUGGCACUGUCAGAAGGACAGUGGGGCAUGCAGACAUUCCCACUUCAGUACAGAAAGAGGUGGACGUGUCUUUACAAGACAAAGACUUAUAGGUUCUCAGAACUUAAGCCCAAGAUGCCUCAAAGAGUCCAAGAUUAGGCAGACAGAAUUUCAACUGUCACCAUCACUUCUAAAGGCUCUUGAAGGUGUCCAAUACAUUGCAGAUCAUCUCAAGGCUGAAGACUUGGACUUUUCAGUAAGAGAAGACUGGAAAUAUGUUGCCAUGGUGAUUGAUAGAAUAUUUCUAUGGAUGUUUGUGCUGGUGUGCAUUUUGGGUACCGCUGGACUGUUUCUGCCUCCCUGGAUGGCUGGAAUGAUCUAG